AAAAUCGUGGUUGGUUGUUUUAUGUUAGUUAAUUAGUGAAAUUGUGCAGUAAAGAUGUUUUUACUGGUAUUUUUUACCAAAAGAGUCUUAGUUUUAUCUAAUUUAGUCUUAAUUAAGUUAAUCAAGUUAAGGCACAAAGGAGCUGUUUAAUGUGUUAGCAUUAAUUUGUUAAAAUAAACUGUAAACCGUAUUUGCGGAUCUUUUUUAACGAUUAUAAUAUUACAGAAGUCACCUACGAUCAUUCUUCUUGCUCAUUAUUACGUUUUUUUUGUGUGUCAGUAAUAAUACGACCUGCAUCUAAACUUCCACCUAUGUUAAUAUUUCACAGGCUAACCACUUAUACGACCAUUAAACAAUAAUUUUUAUCAUUAAAAGUCAAAACACAUUUUACUGACUGAAAAAGUUUGCAACAAAUCUUUCAAAGUAAUUGGCUUUAACUCAAUAUCUGGUUAAACAUGGCUGAAUUGGGCGUGAAUAAUUACCAAGACCCGAGUUUUACUAAGCAGGACCCCGGGUACAACAAUGGUGACGGUCAAUAUGGUCCCACUGAACCAGAGCCGCGGUCCCGAGAUGAUAAACGUGAUCGUGACCGAGAUCGCGGAAGUUCGGGUAGACACCGAGAUCGUAAACGGAGCCGUGACCGCGAUCGUAAGAAGAGGAGCAGAAGUCGGAGCAGAGGAAGAAGGCACCGGUCAAAAAGCAGAGAGCGUAAACGAAGAUCAAGAAGUCGAGAACGCCCCGAGAAGAAACCAAAAAAAGCUUACAAAUAUUGGGACGUGCCACCAGUUGGUUACGAACAUGUCACACCACUACAAUACAAAGCAAUGCAGGCAGCGGGUCAAAUUCCAUUGAUGGCAACUUCUCAAACUAUGGGGAGCAUUACAGCAGAAGCAACGCUCCAGGUUCCUGUGGCUGGAAGUCAAAUGACACGACAAGCACGUCGUCUUUACGUUGGCAACAUCCCCUUCGGUGUCACUGAAGACGCUAUGAUGGAUUUCUUCAACAACCAGAUGCAGAUCGCCGGUCUUGCACAAGCACCCGGUCAACCAAUUCUCGCAGUGCAGAUUAAUCUGGAUAAAAAUUUCGCUUUUCUCGAGUUCAGGUCAGUUGACGAGACUACACAGGCCUUGGCGUUCGAUGGAAUCAACUUCAUGAACCAAUCACUGAAGAUCCGUCGCCCAAGUGAUUACAAACCACUGCCAGGAUCCUUGGAGCAACCUGCUAUUCAUCUACCUGGUGUGAUAUCUACUGUAGUCCAAGAUUCUCAGCACAAGAUGUUUAUUGGAGGUUUGCCGAAUUAUCUUAACGACGAUCAAGUGAAGGAGCUGUUGACAUCCUUUGGGCCGCUACGUGCAUUUAACUUGGUCAAGGACAGUGCUACUGCUCUAUCUAAAGGGUAUGCUUUCGCCGAGUUUGCAGAUUAUUCCUUGACUGACCAAGCUAUUGCCGGCCUUAAUGGAAUGCAACUUGGGGACAAGAAAUUGAUUGUGCAACGUGCAAGCAUCGGUGCAAAGAAUAAUCCACAUGGAGCAAUUAUGGCACCAGUUACACUACAGAUUCCCGGCAUGGCUCACGCGACAGGUGCAGGCCCCGCAACAACCGUGUUGUGUUUGAUGAACAUGGUUCUUCCGGAGGAGUUGACAGAUGACGAGGAAUAUGAGGAGAUCAUGGAAGAUGUAAAAGAUGAGUGCGGAAAACUUGGAUCUGUUGUCAGUCUUGAGAUUCCGCGCCCCGGGCCUGGAUUAACAGAAGCUGACGGCGUUGGUAAAAUUUAUGUUGAGUUUGCAAACCAUCUCGACACGCAGAAGGCAGCACAAGCUCUUUCUGGUAGAAAGUUCUCCAACAGAGUUGUGGUGACUUCGUUCUUCGAUCCAGAGCGUUAUCACCACCGUCAGUUUAGUUAGAGACGAAAGUAAACAAUACUGGAGCAAUUUUCUGUUGAAUGGACCUAAUUUCGGUUGUACAGCCAACUUAUCCAUUGACGAUUUUUAUUUCAGUUGUCGGAAACUGCCAUUUUGAAAAACUUAUUAGAAUGUCAAAAAAAAAUCGUGAAUUGCAACUUUUGGUUAAAUAGGCCUAAAUUUUUUAAUGGUUUUGUAAGUAAUUCAAAUUGGGCUGUGAAGUUGCAACGCGAUAUAACAUUAAUGUCUGUGUUUCUUGAAAUUAGUUUUUAAGCACGAGAUGAUUUUAUGCUGUAGUGGAGAAUAUCAGUAAUUCAACUUUCACUCUUGUAAUAAAUUUGGUCCCUUUGUUAUUUCAAGGUAAAUAAAAACAAACGAAACAA